AUGGCUCCCAUCAAGGCUUUCGUUACUGGCGCCACCGGUUACAUUGGUGGAGACGUCUUUUACAAUGUCCACCAGGCACAUCCUGACUGGGAAUACGCGGUGUUGGUUCGCAGCAAGGAGAAGGCAGAGAAGCUCUCCAGCGAAUAUCCCAAGGUUCGCGUCGUGUUGGGAGACCUAGAUUCCGCGGAUAUCAUCGAGGAGGAGGUCAAGAAAGCCGACAUUGUUUUCCACACUGCCGACUGCGACCACGUUGCGUCUGCUGAGGCCAUCGCCAAGGGUGCUACCCACCACACCCCGGAGCGCCCCUUGUGGUGGAUUCACACCUCUGGAACCGGUAUCCUAACAGUCGAGGACUUCCGUGCCAACACCUGGGGUCGGUACCGCGAAAAGGAGCACGACGACUGGGAUGGCGUGGAUGAGCUCCUCAACCUGCCUUCUGACUCUCUUCAUCGCAAUGUCGAUGAGAUUGUCAUUGGCGCUGGCAAGCGCGACCCCAACAGCGUCAAGAUUGCUAUCAUCUGCCCGCCUACAAUCUACGGCCCUGGCCGUGGUCCCGGCAACCAGAAGAGUGUGCAGGCUUACUGGCUGGCAUCUGCUGUCUUGAAGCGGAAGAAGGGCUUCUUGGUGAACGAGGGCAAGAACAUCUGGCACCAGAUCCACGUGCAAGACCUGAGCGACCUGUACCGGCUGUUGGGAGACGCUGCUGCUGCGGGUGGCGGCAAUGCCACCUGGAACGACAAGGGUUACUACCUGGCUGAGAAUGGCACCUUCGUCUGGGGAGACAUCUCGCGGGAGGUGGCCAAGGUCGCUUAUGAGAAGAAGCUGAUCUCGUCUCCUGACGUGGAGUCUAUCUCCGACGACCAGGUGAAGGAAUUGAACCAGUUCGGUCUCUAUGCCUGGGGCAGCAACUCCCGUGGCCACUCUUACAGAGGCAGGAAGCUGCUCGGAUGGUCUCCUCACCGGCCUAGCCUGAAGGAGCUUAUUCCUGAAAUCGUCGAUAUUGAGGCCAAGGCGUUGGGCUUGCUGUAA